AAACCCUAAUCAGUGGCCGCAGAAGAGUAAGAAGAAGCAGAACUCAAAAAAUCAGAAGCUAGAAAAAAUGGGAGGCAAAUGUCCACACAGAAAGGUGAAGAAGAGAAGAUUAUCUAACAAACAAGAUCGCCGUUCUAGAUUCCUCAUCAAAGGUGAUGAUAUGGUUUAUGAUCAAGUAAAUAAGCCUGAAGAAGAGAGAAAACCUUUACCUGUUGAUGAAGAUUUGCCUGGAAUGGGACAGCACUAUUGUCUUCACUGCGACCGAUUCUUUGCCAGUGUAGCUGUUAGGGACGAGCAUUUUAAGACAAAAAAACACAGGAGACGUGUGAAACUAAUGAUGGGUGAUGCACCACACACUCAACUGGAUGCUGAAUUAGCUGCAGGGAUGGGAAUGCCAGAUAAUGGACCAAAGUUAAUGUCUAUGUAACUUUCGCUUUUGUGGUCGUUGGAAGAUUAUAUUAUAGUAGAAACUGGUGUUAUAUUAUGCUUGUUUAUGAGAUGAACAAUAUUUUGUUACUAUAUCGAUCUAAUCUAUAUUUUUUUCCUUAA